AGGCGCGGUGGCCAAUGGGCUGCGAGUCCUGUUGGCGUCAGGCGGGAGCUGGAGGCGGUGCCGCACCCGCCAUGGUGCCCUACCGCAUCCGCCCGUACCGCGAGGGCGACUACGAGGCCGUGCGGGAGGUGUUCGCGGCCGGCAUGAGCGAGCACGCGCCGGCGCUGUGCCUUCACGUGCUGCGGCAGCCCUGGGCGCUGCUGCUGCUGGGCUGCACCUUCUGCCUGCUGCUGGCCAGCGCGCGCUCGCUGCUGCUGCCCGUGCUGGCGCUCACGCUGCUGCUGGCGCUGGCGCGGCACGGCCUGGGCUGCGCCUGGAGCGCCUACAUCCAGCGCUGCCUCGACGCCGACCUGCGCGACAUCGCCGCUGCCUACGGCGACCGCGCCGGCGCCCGCUUCUGGGUGGCCGAGGCGGACGAGCGGGUGGUGGGCACGGUGGGCGUGCGGCCGGCGGCUGGCGAUGGAGCGGGCGACGGUGGUGGCGGCGACGGGGAGCUGGUGCUGAAGAGGAUGUCGGUGCGGCGGGGUUACCGCGGGCAGGGCAUCGGCGCGGCGCUGGGCAGCGCGGCGCUGGCCUUCGCGCGGCAGCGCGGCUGCAGGGCCGUGGUGCUCAACACGCUGAUGGUGCAGCACGAGGCGCGAGCCCUCUACGAGCGCUUGGGGUUCCGCCGGCACCGGCAGUACGUGCUGCCCACCGUCUAUGGCCACUUGGCCAACUGCACCAUCACCACCUACCGCUACGAGCUGGACGGCACCAAGUGAGCCCCGGCGCCGCGCCACGGAGCAGGGAACCGUGGAGUGAUGGGAUCAACCAGGGUGGAAAAGAGCUUCCAGAUCAUCAAGUCCAACCUUUACCCCAGCACUGCCAAGGCCACCACUGACCCAUGGCACUGAGGCCUCGGCUACACAGUGUGUGAACACUUGCAGGGCCGGUGACUCCAGCCCUGCCCUGGGCAGCCUGUUCCAAUGCCUGAGCACCCUCUGGGGAAGGAAUUGUUCCUCAGCUCCAUCUAAACCUGCCCUGGGGCAGCUUGAGGCCGUUUCCUCUUGUCCCAUCCCUUGUUCCUUGGGAGCAGAGACCAGCCCCCUCCUGGCUCCAUCCUCCUGUCAGGCAGUUGCAGAGAGCGAGAAGGUCCCCCCUGAGCCUUCUCUUCUCCAGACUAAACCCCCCCAGGUCCCUCAGCCGUUCCUCAUCACACUUGUGCUCCAGGCCCUGCACCAGCUCCGGGGCCCUUCUCUGGCCCCGCUCCAGCACCUCAAUGUCUCUCUUGCAGUGAGGGGCCCAGAACUGACAGGAUUCAAUGUGCAGCCUCAGCAGUGCCCAGCGCAGGGGAUGCAUCAUGGCACCAGCACCCAUGUGCCCUGCAGUGCUGGGGGUAGUGGGGUGCUGGGUCCCCCUGGUUCAUUCAUUGCCACGGUGCACCUCAGGGACACACAAUGGGGGGUCUGGGUGCUGCCAUCCCCACCCCACCGAUGUCCCCACCUUCCCAAGGGAAUCCAGGCUCCCAGGAGGGGUUUCCCGUGGGGAGCUGUGCCCUGCCUGGCCACAAAGCCUUUGGGGGGGCUCCCCACAUGUGCCCCCCCUUGGCUGCAGUGUGGUGCCUUUGGGGCAGGGGCUGCUGCUGUAAUGGGGGGGGGGGGCAAUAAAGGACCAUCCGCAGUGCC